CCCAGAGGUGCUUCGAAAGGAUCAUGCAGUGGUGGCGGUGACGCCAGUAGUUGAUACUCCAGAGCUCCCACCUUUACCAUCGUCUCACCAACCUCAAACGCUGGAAGUCGGCACUUUGAACAACCUGAAAACUAGCUUAGCUAUCUCAGACCGCGCCCUGCCACCGUCUGAGAAACCUCGCGAUCGAGUGAUGGAUCGACUGACUAACAGAUUAUCGUCGUUCUUCGCCAUGCCGCGUGGCUCUGACAAGGGCUUCUCAGACGCGGAAAUCCAAGAAAUAUCCGGCUUGCUGAGCGACAUAGAGUGCAGUUGGAGUCAGGUUCCGCGAACGUACAUAAUUCUCCGUACCAUUGGCCACCUUCAGGUCAUAGAAGAGCUUCUUGCCGUCGACUUUAGCGACCACUGGUUCCCCGUCACUGUACGAAACCUUCCACCGACUCGAUCUCUAACCCCAUCUAUCCGAUCAGCCAUUGUUGAUAACCAAAAACUGAUUCUUACGAAAUCAAUCGACUUGGAAAAAGGAGAGAACGGACGACACCGCCACUUUGAGCACGGUGACGUUCUCCCUUUCCAAGAUGGCGAUAUUCUCGGUACCGGAACUUAUGGUCGCGUCGACAAAGUCCUGAGUCUGAUAAGCUACAAGAAAUACGCCAGAAAGAGCAUUUACCGCGCAGGCCAGUCCGCGGCCUCAAUCCGCCAAUUCGCAAACGAAGUCCAAAUCCUCAAAUCCAUGAAACACCCCCAUGUCGUCGAGCUGAUGGGAAGCUACACCGACCCCGUCUUCUUUGCCAUCAUCAUGUCCCCUGUUGCUGACAUGGAUUUCUCAAAAUAUCUCGAGAUGUGCCAGCAAAGCAGCCACCAUACCUUGCGAACCUACUUUGGUUGUCUCGCAACCGCGUUACAGUAUCUGCAUCGUAAUAACAUCCGCCACAAGGAUAUCAAACCCCAGAAUAUCUUGAUUCAUGGGAGUGACAUCCUGUUCACGGACUUCGGCCUCUCGAGAGAUACGACGGGCGCUGAUAGCGCGAGCUCGGGGUUCACGGGGUAUACGCCUCGCUACUGCGCGCCAGAGGUUACGGAGUACGACUCUCGCAGCUACCCGUCUGACAUCUGGUCGCUUGGGUGCGUCUUUUUGGAGAUGUUGGCAGUCCUCAAGGGGCAGCGACUGCAAUGGAUGAAGGACUUUUACGCAGCGCGUGGAACCGGGCAACCUUUCGUGCGUACGAAUACCGAGGCGACUGUGCAGCUGCUCGCGGCGCUCGAGGAGAUGGAACAGUGGUCAGAUAAUUCGGCGAUCCAGUGGGUCGAGGACAUGACGCAGAGGAGCCCGCAGAGGAGACCGACCGCUGCAGCGCUGGUGAAGGCAAUCAUGGGAUCGGAUCGGCAGCGGAUAAUGAGUCCGUGGUGUGGGCUGUGUUGCACGCACGAGGAGGAGCCAGCGAGGGGGGUGGAUGAUUUAAGUGAUGAGUUUUUUGAGCGGACGGUGCGUUAAGGAGUUAGGGGUCUGCGGAGGCGAUUACGAAUGGUCGAAUAGGUAAUGUUUUUUGACGUCUUGAUACCCCUAAUUUCAGUCGUGCACAAUACCAUGUACUGUACAAUCAAACACAAUUCAUAUUCCUUUUAAGCUCGUGAGGUGUUUUUGAAGCAGUUGUGCUGAUGAGAGAGCUAUGGCCACGGGUAAGAUAGACGAAAGUACGAAUUGGGGGCGGUUCAGUGCUAUCCGAGGUCACCUGUUCGUAUAAAGAUAGUCGCGUAUCGUAGCACACAGAGGCCACUCUCUUCUAA